AUGACGGCCUACCUCGAAGUCGCCGCCAGCUGGCUCUUCAAAAACUUCAAAGGCCGUGACGACAAAGCCUUCACCACCAGUCCGGCCUUCGCGGCGCACCCGGAGCCUACCCUACACAUCACCUCGCCAGACUGCGGCGCGGACGGCGCAACGCUGGGCAAGGAGUACAUCUCUGGCGGAAAGGGCCUCAUCCCGGAGCUGACGUGGGAGGCCUGUGACGGCGUCAAGGAGUGGCUGCUUGUCAAUGAGGACUUCGAUGCGCCGUUGCCGACGCCGAUUUGCCAUGGAAUAUAUCUCGGGAUUCCAGCAGAGAAGCUGAGUGUUGUCAAUAGCGACUUCCAACCUGUUGACUGGUCUUCAUCCACACGACUCAAGGGAGGAUUCUCAAGCGGCAUGAGCCGCAAUGGCAAGAUCUAUAUCCUGCCACGACCGCUGAUCAACCACGGCAUGCACCGCUACUUCUUUGAGGUCGUCGGCCUGAAUGAGCCGCUUGACCCAGAAUUUGUGGCGUCGAAGCCGUCGAGGGAGGCUGUGGCGGCAAAGAUUGAGGGACGCGUGGUAGUUUGGGGGCGGUGGGUGGGACAAUGUGAGAGGAAGUGGGAGGAUAAGUGA